CAGCGUGUUCGCAGCGCUGAGGAAGGCGCCGACUGAGCGGGCGGGAACGGUGCGCUGGAGGAGCUGGUCCACAUGCCUUGCAGCCGGCUCUCUUUGUUUUGUGCGCCGGAGGAGGGACGCUCGUAUGCUUUUAGCAUUAGGACGCCAGAAGAAUCUGCUUCGGGUGCCCACACUUUUAAGAAUAAAUCCUUUAAGAAGGCCAAAGUCUGCAGUGUCUGCAAACAAGUUAUUGACAGUCAAGGUGUUUCAUGCCGAGUGUGCAAGUAUUCCUGCCACAAGAAAUGUGAAACAAAGGUGGUGAUACCCUGCCACGUACCAAUCAAUGACCCAUUGUCUAACAACUCUGAUGUAUCUGGUCACGUAACCAGGACAGCAUCUGACAGUUUUUCAAAAAGUUCUUCAUUCUGCUGUGAUAAAUUUUCUCAGAGUGCCAUCUUGGGUCAUAUCAUGGAGGAAGGCUAUGAACUCGAUCUUACCUACAUCACUGAGCGGAUCAUCGCUGUCUCCUUCCCAGCUAGUUGCUCAGAGGAAACUUAUCUACAUAACUUGCAAGAUGUAACCCGGAUGCUAAAAUCCAAACAUGGAGAUAACUACCUGGUGAUAAACCUCUCUGAAAAGAGAUAUGACCUUACGAAGCUUAACCCAAAGAUUAUGGAUGUGGGUUGGCCUGACCUCCAUGCCCCUCCCCUUGAUAAGAUGUGUACCAUCUGUAAGGCUCAAGAGAACUGGCUGAACAGCGACCCUCAGCAUGUAGUGGUCAUUCACUGCAGGGGUGGAAAAGGGCGGAUAGGAGUUGUCAUAUCAUCGUACAUGCAUUUCACCAACGUUUCUGCCAGUGCUGACCAAGCUCUUGACAGAUUCGCAAUGAAGAAAUUUUUUGAUGAUAAAGUUUCAGCUUUAAUGCAGCCAUCCCAAAAAAGAUAUGUUCACUUCCUCAGUGGUCUUCUCUCGGGAUCUGUGAAAAUGAAUACCACACCACUCUUUUUGCACUUUGUAAUUCUCCAUGGCAUUCCCAACUUUGAUACUGGUGGAGUUUGCCGACCAUUUUUGAAGCUGUACCAAGCAAUGCAGCCAGUCUAUACGUCAGGAAUCUACAAUGUUGGUCCAGAAAACCAAAGCAGAGUCUGCAUUGCCAUUGAACCAGCCCAGCUCCUAAAGGGAGACAUAAUGUUGAAAUGUUACCACAAAAAGUAUCGAUCUGCUACCCGUGAUGUCAUUUUCCGCCUGCAGUUUCACACAGGAGCCAUUCAGGGCUAUGGACUGAUGUUUAGGAAGGAAGAUCUGGACAAUGCCAACAAAGAUGACCGUUUUCCUGAUUAUGGAAAGAUUGAAUUAGUCUUUUCUGCUACCCCUGAGAAAAUACAAGGGUCUGAACAUUUACAGAAUGACCAUGGAGUCGUUGUGGAUUACAACACUGCAGACCCAUUGAUCCGGUGGGAUUCUUAUGAAAAUAUGAGUCCUGAUGGGGAAGUGUUACACACCCAAGGUCCAAUUGAUGGCAGCCUUUAUGCUAAAGUGAGAAAGAAGAGCAUCUCUGACAACAACAUCCCAAGUGGGACCCAGGUCGUUCCGGUAACCAGCAGCCCUGAUCACAGUGACCAUACCUUGUCUGUUAGCAGUGAUUCAGGCCACUCCACUGCCUCGGUCAGGACAGACAAGACUGAAGAGCGCUCAGCUCCAGGCACCAAAAGGGGAUUGAGCCCGCAAGAAAAGGCAGAACUGGACCAGCUCCUCAGUGGGUUUGGAUUGGAAGAUUCUGUAAGCUCCCCAAAGGAUAUGACCGAUGUCCGGAGUAAGUAUAGUGGGACUCGUCACGUAGUGCCAGCCCAGGUUCACGUGAAUGGAGAUUCCAAGCUGAAAGACAGGGAGACAGACAUCCUAGAUGAUGAGAUGCCCAAUCAUGACUUACAUAGCGUGGACAGUAUUGGGACUUUGUCCUCUUCAGAAGGUCAACACUCCAGCCACCUUGGAAACUUUACCUGCCAUAAAAGUAGUCAAAAUUCUCUCUUAUCAGAUGGGUUUGGGAGCAACACUGGGGAAGACCACCACAUUGCCCUUGCUCCAGACCUGGGCAUCGGUGUAGAUCCCCUUUAUGAGCGAUCAUUUGGAAAUGGUGAGCCCAAGCAGGUUCAGCAGCUCUUGAGGAACCCUACAGUGUCAUCUCAGGCACCAGCCUAUGGACAGGGCACCUAUUCCACUCAGACCUGGGUGCGCCAACAGCAACUAGUGGCAGCACAUCAGUACAGCUAUGCAACAGAUAGUGAGGGGAGGUUUGCCAUCCACAACUCUUCAGAGAAUUCCAACUAUGUUCCAGUCCAGCCCAGGAUUCCACUAACUCCCACAAGAAGCUCCAGCAGCAGGGAUGCUGUGCAGAGGGGCUUAGGUAGUAUAUCAAAUCCUAAUGAAGUACCCCAGCACUCUUACCCAGAAGGUUUCAAACCUAGGUUAACGCCGGAGAAAGAGAUAAAUGGGGUUGAUAUGGGAUUGAAUGCAGGAAUUUUACCAGGAUCUCCAACUCUGGAUAUUGACCAAUCCAUCGAACAGCUCAAUAGGCUGAUCUUAGAACUAGACCCAACAUUUGAGCCCAUCCCAACUCAUAUGAAUACCAUGACAAGUCAAGCAAAUGGAUCUGCAUCCCCUGACAGCAAAGUGGGAGGAGGACUACAGGUGAACCACAGAUUUCUUGAGAAAGGAGAGAAUAUAAGCAGGAAUUCCAGCCAACAUGGAGAUGAUCCAUCUGGAGGGAGAAUCAGGAAAUUAAGCCUUGGCCAGUAUGACAACGACAAUCCUGGGCAGCCAUCAUUUACUGGAUGUGGAUGGGUAAAAGCUACUAAUAUGGAUCCAGUUCCAACUCUGGGAUCCUUCAUUGCUUCAGGGGAAACCAAAGAGACAAUGGUAACCAGUUAUCCGCAAGAGCUUGAUGUGAUAGAUGGGGGAAUAUUCUCACCAACCAAAAAUGGAAAUGAAUCAGUCCCUCCUACUCCAGGUUUUCCUGUGUCACCAGAGACACCAUAUGUGAAAACUUCUUCACAUUAUCCUCAGAUCAGUCCAUCAGAGCAACUCAUGAGUGGCCCAACCAAUUUGUACAAAACAGGACAUGACCCUCGGAGUUAUACUGAAGGCCUUAAUCACUCAGUGGUGAUGUCAGACAGCCCAAUUGGAACAAACCCUGCUCUGUUUCGGUCUGAGAGGCCAACAACUCCUUCUUGUCAACGGACCUUUCCAUCUGCCUGUACGGCUUCAAGCAAUAGCCCCCUCCAGAGAGGCGAGAGUCCUUCCACAGCAGAGCCCCAAUGGCUAGAGAGCAGUCCCAAAUCUACUCUUUCACCACACCUGUCAAUGAUGGGGAGCAGCCGACCCACAGGCUUCCUCAUGGGUUCAGAGUUUUCCAGUCCAGUACCGGAUUCUUCACUCUUGUCUCGUUUCCCACCUUCGGAGCUGCAGGUUUCUAAUCUAAACAGUCAUGAAAACUCACCAGCAGAACAGUCCCAAGAAAUUCUGGCCAACCCAAGUGGCCGGGCCUUUCUAAACUUUGGUGUGCCUAGCAUUGGCAGUAGCCUCCAGCCUGAUGAGAAGCCAGGGACCUUACUGACUAAUUCCAAUGGAGCAUCUAAACCGCCAAUUGCCCCGCUGGCAGGAGUUGUUGACAAUGGCUUCUUGCCCCAUAAUUUUCUCACGGUAGCCCCUGGACACAGCAAUCAGCACAGUCCAGUCCUGCAGCAUGCAGGCUUAUCUCUGCAUUCCCAACCACCCCUUCCAGAAAAGAAGAGGACAUCUGAAGGAGACCACUCCUUUGGCUCUGUCUCUCCGUCUUCCAGUGGCUUCUCCAGCCCCCAUAGUGGGAGUACAAUCAGCAUCCCUUUCCCAAAUAUCCUUCCAGACUUUUCUAAAGUUUUAGGCACCUCUCCUUUGCCAGAAAAUCCAACUGAUAAACAUGUGACUGUGAAAUUUGUUCAAGACACAUCCAAGUUCUGGUACAAGGCAGAUAUUUCAAGAGAGCAAGCUAUCGCCAUGCUGAAGGAUAAAGAACCAGGCUCGUUCAUUGUUCGGGACAGCCACUCUUUCCGGGGGGCCUAUGGCCUGGCCAUGAAGGUUGCUACGCCUCCUCCUUCAGUCCUACAACUUAAUAAGAAAGCUGGAGAUUUAGCCAAUGAACUCGUCAGACACUUUUUGAUUGAGUGUACAUCUAAGGGAGUACGAUUGAAGGGAUGCCCAAAUGAACCAUAUUUUGGGAGUUUGACAGCUUUGGUAUAUCAGCAUUCCAUUACUCCUCUCGCAUUGCCGUGCAAACUCCUUAUCCCAGACAGAGAUCCAUUAGAAGAAAUGGCAGAAAAUUCUCCACAGACUGCUGCGAAUUCUGCCGCUGAGCUGCUAAAACAGGGGGCAGCCUGCAAUGUUUGGUACUUAAAUUCCGUGGAAAUGGAGUCACUCACAGGCUACCAAGCUGUACAGAAGGCCUUGAGCAUGACACUGGUUCAAGAUCCUCCUCCCAUUUCUACAGUCGUCCAUUUCAAAGUGUCUGCCCAGGGAAUUACAUUGACUGACAAUCAGCGGAAACUUUUCUUCCGAAGACAUUAUCCAGUGAACACUGUCAUUUUCUGUGCUUUGGAUCCACAGGACAGGAAGUGGAUCAAAGAUGGCCCUUCGGCAAAAGUAUUUGGAUUUGUUGCAAGAAAACAAGGGAGCGCUACAGACAACGUGUGCCACCUGUUUGCAGAACAUGAUCCCGAGCAGCCCGCCAGUGCCAUUGUGAACUUUGUAUCAAAGGUCAUGAUUGGUUCACCCAAAAAGAUCUGAAGCCUCCCUGCCAAAUAGACUGCCCUUCAGACUUUAGUGUGAGUAGGGAGGGAUGGCGUCCUUUUGAACGAUUUACUGAAAUGUACCGAUCCCAAGAAGAAAAACAGAACCUUCUGCCUGUUGUACGUUUUUCUUCUUCCUUCCUUGCUUUUUUUUUUUUUCUUAUUUUAAAAGAAAGACUUCAAAAUUCCUGGCCUUUCUCAAGAGAAAAUUCUUGUCUCUUGAAACAUCUUCACAGCCAAGUGCCAAGUUCUAAAUAAAAGAAGCUGUGUCUGGAGCAUCUGUACCUAUCCAGAGAGUCCAUUUUGGAGACAAACUUUGAAAGAGAAAAGCUCGUGUACCCUUCUUCACCUUCCCCAGUAUCUCUUGGGUGAACAAUGGAAUGAUUGCCUGGUUACUCACUAUAUUACAUGAGUUUUAUGAGAUUUAAUACAUAAUAGAACUGCAUGCAUGGCCUUAUGGAGACACUUGUCCUUUUUGCAUCCACAGUAGCUGUGACCCUCACAAACUGAUAUUCUUUGAGAGGAUAAUGGGCCUUUUGUACAAUCAUUUUCUCUUCCCUUCAUCUUUCCAUAACCAAGACUAGAGUUGAACUGAGAAGGGGGAAGUAUGUCUGAUGAAGGUUAGUGUAGGUUGAUUUUUUUUUUCAGGGACCAUGAAGACAGAGGUGCAGGGAUACUGAUGUUGUAAGGUCUAAAUCUGGGAAUGAUUGAGGUCGUUGUGCUUUAUGAAAAGUUAGAGAUGUCAUUUUUAAAAAUUGUAUGGUGAAGGCUUGAUGUAUUUUGUUCACUUAAAAAAAUAUAUUUUGUAUGAAGAGUCAAGCAAGAAAGAAACCAUUUUAAGUAAUAGCAGGAUAAAAAUGAGGGAAAAGCAAAAAAAAAUGAUUUUAUAUAAUUUAUAUUUUUUGCCUAUGCCAGAUUAUUUAUGGUAGAAAUUUGAUAUUGCUAUAUUGUAUGAGUACUCUUUACUAGACACCUUGUUGAACUUUGCAUUUUUUUGUGUUACUGUAUCUGAAGUAUAUGCUAUUGCAUGUGCCUUGCUUAGAAAGUAUGUCAACAUUUUCUUAUGAUGUUGUUAAAACACAUCCUGUAUUUUGGAAAUACCGUUUUAACAGAAAGUCUUUUUGCAUAUUUGAAUUUGUUUCUCAAUAUUUUGGUUCAUCAAGUUCACUUCUUUAAGGUUUUUGUGCCCAAAUUUUUUUUUUUUUAUUGUGGAUAGAAUCAACUAAUGCAUCCAGUAGGGAAAAAGAAAAUUAUUUUGUUAAACUCUUGCCUUGGCAUCUGCUUGUUAUUUUGGAUGUCAUUUGUAAGGAUAGAAACAAGCUGAUAUAUAGGGCACCUUGCGCCUUUAUAAGUUCUCAUGUGGAUCUUGUCACGCUGCUAAGUGGUUUGCUUUGUAUUAUAGUCCUGAGUGUGGCAUCCUAAGAAUGAAGGUAAGAAAAGGGAUGAUUCUUGAAAAUAUAAACUUUUUUGGUUGUCAUAUUAGCUGCUGUAUUAUAUGAGCAAAUAAGUACUUGUGUAUAUUUCUAUAUCUAAAUGAUUUUCUCUGCAAAUCUGCCAUUGGUGAAGUUCUGCUGGGACCAAUGAUCCAGGACUUUGCCUGGUUGAUGAAACAUUAACUUUCUCUUCUGUUGUGCACAAAGUGCUGAAUAAAUGUUCAAAGACCCCUAAGUAUCCCCCAUUAAAAUUUUUCUUAAUAAUAAUAUCCUCCUACCAUUCCCAGGAUCACAUAUCAGUGCUUCUUUUAUGCAAGAAUCAUAGUGACCAACUUAGGCUUUGAAAAUUUACUCUUAUAAAGAGAUUAUUUUAAUGCAUGGGUCAGGGCAGCAAAAGGCAGGGAAGAAGAUGGCAGCUCAAAUGCAAUUGGAAUUGACUGAGUUGCAGUGGGCAUUGUAUAUAAAGCUAAAAGGUAGAUAACUUCUUGCUGCAGUUGACAUGACAAAGGCCAGGGCCUCAUUUCUGUGCCAAAUACUUUAUGAUUCUGUUACACAUUUACUCAUCAUGUAAUAUUUGCAUUGCCAUUUGAAGAGGCUGCUUAGACAUUUUGGAGAUCCUGUGUGCCUUAAAAACAAUCAAUCAGGCAGAAUUUUAACUCCUAAAUCACUUCCAAGGAGUGUCCAGUCCAACAGUGUUCAUUUCAUCAGAAGUUUGGGGAAACGAAAUGAUUGAGAGGGCUUAAAUUACAGGAUCUUCCGAGAGUGUAACUAUCCUAGAAAGGCUGCCCCCACAAAGGAAGAAGAAGAAAGGUUGUUUAGGACUUAAAGUCAGGUUCGAAUAAUCCUUCUUUUUGAAGAGAAUGCUGUGAAAUUGGGGCCCCUUCUUUCCUGCCAGUAUCCAGUGACUUGGAAUUUUCAAGAUAUUUUCACAGGAUUUCAUGCCCACGUGUAUUCAGGAAGGACUCUAGAGCCUGAAGGUUGCCAUUCUUUUUUUAAAGAUCAUUUACUGGCAUGUUUAUUUUUUAUUUUUAUUUUUUGCUCUUUUUCAAUUUUUGCUCUGUGUUCAAAAGAGCAUCAGGGAAAAUCCACUAGGAGCUUGACUCUUCUUAGCAGGAAAAGUAGAGUCCAUUUUUAUGGUUCUAAGGAGAGCUCUCACAGUGUGUUUCUCUUAUGAUAUGUUACCACAUAUAUUAGAAAUAUAUGAAAUAAUUUUACAUACUCAGAAGAAAAACUGUAAGGUAUACUCGGUAGUAAAUAGCAUUAUCCAGUCACACAGCAUUCUUUUUGUGACAAAUGUGCGUCACACUGUUAACAUAACAGGCUUUCCCCCAGGAUGAUUCAAGAUGUGUAUAUGCAGUACUGGAAAGAAAGACUGGUAAACUCAUAUUAGCUUUUUGCCACAUGUAUUUGUAGCCAGGCACCUAUUAACCUGCUUAUUAAAUUGUAUUGCUAUAAUCCUUCAGUGUUACAAUAUGGACAUGCUAAAAAGCCACGCUUAAUUAAAUGGUGCCAGUGUAUCUUUAAUAUCAUUGACAUGUUAACAUUGCCUUCUCUGCCUUAUCUGUUAGUAGAUGUUUUACCUUUGCUCCAUACUGUAAAAAAACAUAUUCAGUAUGUAAAUGAAUGUCCUAUAAAUUCUUUGUAUAGUCAAUUUCUCUGCUUUUUAAAUAUCACCUCUAUUCAGAGUAUAAUAAAAUUAUGAAUUUGUUAA